UCCGUGAUGUCGUGCUGUGCAGUGCUGGGGACGAGGGCAGAAACAGGGGGACAGAACGAAAGGGAAUAAAGAAGGGAAGAUAAGAAGGGUUGAGAGAGAAGAGGAGGAAGAGCAAGGGGAAGAAAGGAGACGAGGAGAAGGAGGAGUAGAAAGAGGAGGAGGAAAAAGAAGUUGGGAAGGAGAAGGCGAGAGUAGUCGAGUUAGUAUUCCGAGACAUGUGCCAAGUGACAUAAGGACGGCGUUCUGUAUGUGCCACGGAUUUAGCCAUGCAAUAGCCGUGGCCUUCAUGCAACACUUGUCCUCACGCCCACGCCCCCUCGGCUGCAUGACGGAGGAGACGGGGUGAAGGCGGCUACCUCAGCGCUCACCAGUUGAACGUGGGUCAUCGAUCAAGGAGGUUGGUUGCGAGCUGGCCGGCGGGUUGCCUGACGCCCCCCCACAACACAGCACCGUGGCUGCCAACUCAGCCCCCGUGGCGGCCUACCCGCCCGCCCCAGACAUGUCGCACAUGUCCGCCUACUACAACAGCUACCCCGACUACCGGCCGCCCCACCCGCCCGACGAAUACCCGGGCGCGCCGGGCGGCCAGGGAGGCGGCGGGGGCGGCGGGGGGCACUGCGGCCAGGAGUACGACCCCCGCAUGCCCCCCACACACCCGUACUACACUCAGCAAGGCUACCCGCGCUACCCGCCCUACGACAGACUCAUGAACAAUUACUACAACGCGCAAACACCUCAGCACCCACAGACUCCACACGGCAUGCAACCGCACGACGCGCACGACUACCGCGACCCCUCGCCCGCGGCGCCCACGUGCAUGGGCCAGCAAGCGUCCCCGCCCGUGCAGCAGUACUCCUCCUGCAAGAUGGCGGGGCAGCAGCAGGGUCCGCCGCAGCAACCGCAGCAGCAGCCGGGCAUGGAUCCGUCCGGAGGUCCUCCUCAAGACACAGCCCACCACAUGGCCGCGCAGGAACAUGGCCAGGCAUGGCCAACUCAGCAGCCGCAACAACAAAAUACCCAAGCCGCCCUCCCUUCACCGCUCUACCCGUGGAUGAGAAGUCAGUUCGCUGAGAGGAAGCGUGGACGACAGACCUACACGCGGUAUCAGACCCUCGAGCUGGAGAAGGAAUUCCACUUCAACCGCUACCUGACGCGCCGGCGGAGGAUAGAGAUCGCCCACGCCCUCUGCCUCACCGAACGACAGAUCAAAAUCUGGUUCCAGAACCGCCGGAUGAAGUGGAAGAAGGAGAACAAAACCAAAGGCGUGGAGAACGGCAACUCCCUCUCAGAGACCCCUACCCCCACGUCCCCCACCCAGUGACCUCCGAGCUGCGGGUCGGUUGCCAAAUAUUGACCUAGGGUGUGCAAAAGUGCCAGUGCAGAGUGUGUGACCCAUUUUAUACUGGAUAAUUAAGUGCUAUUUUACAUAGUCUACGUGUAUGUGCUCCGUAUGUACAGUGCAUCUCCAAAAAAGAAAAAAAAAUAUUGGCAAGUGUUUUGAAUAUACCAGUGACUACAUGUAUAAGCCAGGAUGACGUCAACGAAGGCGCCAUAGUGUAAAGUGUAUUCUGUGUAUUAUUGGUGUUCAAGCCGGGAAACAGCCUACCAGUGCCAGUACCACAUAGGGGCUUCGGGAGCCGGGUGAAGCAGUGACGUGGCAGUCUCCUAUUGGUGUAAGCUUUAUGCAUUAGCAGUAACGUAAAGAAAAAAGAAAAACGUAAAAAAAAAAAAAAAGUUCCCAGAGCUACGUUGCCACCUAGCGACAAUACGUCAACAGCGAAGACUACAAUCAUUCCAAGAACCAGAUGAGUAGCCGUUUUCUGUCAUCUGUCAUGUCAUCCAUCACUUGACAAGCUACCUUGACCCCCAAUCCCCCGAGUCCCCAACGACCAUGUCAGGCGCCAGUCCCCCCCUCGCCAACCAAAACUAAAACCACACAGGAGAGUCUAGCUGUUUAAACCUGAUCUAAUGUUUCCAGUUGCUUCUCCUACUCUGGUAUUGUAUAAAAUAAGAGUUUCGAUACAAAAUUGAUGUUUCCCACUAGGAAAAACCCAGUAUAUAUAAUAUAUGCUAGAUUGUAGCGGGAGGCGAAACUAAACUAGGUGUUAUUGAGUACUACUAGUAUACCACACAGGUUACAAAGGAUAAUCAGAAGUGAUCAACAGUAAUGGUAUCUCUUCCGAAGUGAUCUCUGUACACAGAGGACCAGCUAUGUAGAUGGUUCUGUCCAAAAGAUGGUUCGACAAUAGAGAUGGUUUCCCCCAAGGAGAGAGGGCUCCCUUUCGUAUAUAGUUGAGCCAUCAUUUUUUUUUUUCCCCUUUUUUUAUCAAUGAUCAAGUUCUCCUUGAUGCAACUGGUCCUUCAAAUGAUUAUUCUACCUAAGAGGAAGGGGUCUUCGAGGUGCACCCACUGACCGUUCCCUUCGACGUCCAACCACGCCCUUGCGGGACAUAAGCGUUCAGUCAGUGUAUCCUUUGGAGUCUCUCCCCCUUCCUCGUUCACAGAUGGUUCCAUGUUCGCAGAUGGUCCGCUUACAGAGAUGGUCCCUCAAACCCCCCCUUACCAGAUGGUCGCUCUCCGGAAGGAAUAGUUGUAUGGGCAAAAACAUAAGAAAGAAAAAAAAAGAACAAAACACGCGAGAAAUAAGUAUGAAUAGAUAACAACCUGAAACCAGUCCAUAUCACAAAGUAUCCACAUCUUAUGCUCAAUAAAUACUUCGUAAAUUUUCUCUCUCUCUUUUAUAUAUAUAAAUAUAUAUAUUUUAUUUUCUUAGAUUUUUUUUUAGGUUUGUUUUCCAUUUUCUAUUUAUUUACUUGCUCUUUGAAGUCAUAUAUUUUCUCUAUCUCUCUUUUUUUCGGGAAUAUAUUGAUUUCAUCUGGGGGUACGUACCGUGAUCCGCCACCACAAACAAAAGGAAAUGUUGCCCAUAUAAUGCUAUUCUGCUGAACGUGUGUUGCAUGUUGAAAGACGGGUAAUGGAACAAGAAGACGACGAUAAUAAGCAAACUAAAAAAAAAUAACAAAAAACACACAAUAAAAUAAAAUAAAAAAUAGUUUAAAAAAGGCUCAUCUAUGGAAGGUUCUGUUGAAGAAAGACCUGGGCUCGAUCGCAGGAGGUCCCUGUGCUUGUAUUCACGGGAAUGGAACGGGACCAAAGCAAUCAAAAGGAGGAUAACAAUAAAACAAAGGUUGUGGAAGAAAAAAAAAAGAAGAAAAAAAUGAAAAGAAAAAGUGGAUCUUCAUCUCAUGAUUUUUAGAUUUCAUUAUUCUUGAUUAUUUCAUUAUCUCUCUCAUUCGUUGUGGACGUGAUGAGUAGUCCUUUUAAAGUCACCCUUUGCAAUGUAUCCAUAUUUAUAAAACGUCAUGCUCAUCCGCCAUAUUCAUCUGCCAUCUCCUCUUCCUUCUACACCCCCCCCCCCCAUCCCCAUUCCGCAUCCUCACCUUCCAUGUCUCCUUAUUCAUCUCCGCCUCCAUCUUUCUUUUCUUCCUUCCCCUUUCUUCUUCCUCUUCCCUCGUCCUCUCAACACUUCCUACCCCUCCAUCUUUUUCUUCUUCCUACUCUUCCUCCUCCUCCUUUACCUCCGAAACCACUUC